CGUGCUAUCAACAUCAUAGGAAUAACUAAGCGUGUUUAAAUUUUCAAAAAGUGUUCAACGUUUGUAACGAACGACGUAUGUUUUCUUACAAUAUAUAAUUAUCUUUGGAACUAUAAAGAUUUCUUGUUAAUUGAAUUUGUCCGGUUAAUUAUCGCUGCGGUUCGACAUCCGAAAUAGGAGCAACGAUUCUCAAUUUCCCUUACGGAAUUGUAACUGCUCUAUAUUUGUCAUCAAGUAGGGAUCAAUCUUAUGUAGUAGAGAAAUUGCUCUCCCUCCAACAAAACGGAAGUCGCGAUCAUCUUUUUAAUAAUUUUAUGCAAGGAAAACAUUGAACAAUGAAGCUUUUUUUAAUCAUUUUCACAUUGAUGUUAUAUUUCACUAUUACAUAUGGUCAAUCCAGAUAUGAACAUAAAUAUGAACCAUUUGUUGAGAAACCAGGUUCCUGUCCACCACCAUUGCCAGUGUAUAUUUGUAGUCAAUCUUGUUUCUCUGAUUCAUAUUGCUUAGGAAUUGGCAAAUGUUGUCCUACUAAUUGUGGAGGCUUUGUUUGCACAAAACCUGUGACUAUGAGGAAAAUUUCUAAAGAAAAACCAGGUUCUUGCCCAGCAAUACCUAAAGGAAGAUGGAUAUGUUCAUCAACUUGCAGUGUUGACAGUGAUUGCAGAGGAACAAUGAAAUGUUGUAAGAAUCGUUGUGGAGCCAUGGCCUGUCAAAAACCAGAUAUCCAAGAAUCUAUAGACAUCCCAGUUGUUCCAUUGCCAGAAGAUUCUUAUGAUAUUCCCAGAAAUGUAAAUCCCAGAAUUAAUCCAAAUAAUUAUCCUUAUUAUUUUUAUAAUAAUUAAUAAAAAUAAUUGCAAAUUA